AUGGCAGAAAGUGCAGUGAAGCUACUUAUUCAGAAUUUGAUCCCGUUGUUGGCCCAAGAAGUGACACUGCUGGAGGGUAUCCAUGACAAAGUUGCUGACAUCAAUGGUGAACUUGAGAGCAUUCAAUCCUUCCUUAAGGAUGCAGAUGCAAGGGCCGAGAUGGGAGACACGAGUGCCGUCGCAAAAACAUGGGUCAAACAGGUAAGGGAAAAAUCUUAUAACAUAGAAGAUGUCAUUGAUGAAUACAUAUUUCAUUUAGCAAAACAUCCUCAAAGGCAAUGGCGGCAUUUUCGUUUUCUACAUAAGGCUUUUCACUUUACCAUAAAUCUGAAAUUGAGACAUGUGAUUUCCUCUAAGAUUCAAGGGAUUAACAAUGAUCUCAAGUUGAUUAGAGAGAGAGGUGAAAGAUAUGGCUUCAACUUCUUGGAGCAAGGAGGACCGAGCAAUGAUGUUAGACAUGAUACAUGGCAUGACCCUAGAGUGGCAUCCCUUUUCCUUGAGGAAGCAGAAGUUGUAGGCAUUGAGUCUCCUAAAGCCGAAUUGAUAGAGUGGUUGGUAGAAGGACCAUUCAAUCGCACGGUGAUUUCGGUGGUCGGCAUUGGUGGGCUUGGCAAGACCACUCUUGUCAAGAAAGUGUAUGAAAAUGAAAAGGUGGUAGCACACUUUGAUUGCUGUGCUUGGAUUACUGUUUCUCAAUCAUACAAGAUGGAGGAGCUAUUAAGGCACAUGAUAAAGCAGUUCUACCAGGCAAGUGAGGAGCUUGCUUCUACGAGUAUUGAGUCUAUUGACACAAUGAAAGAGAUAGAGUUAAUUGAAGAAGUGAGGCAAUUUGUACUUGAACAGAGGUAUGUAGUAGUUUUUGAUGAUAUAUGGAAUAUAAGGUUUUGGGGAUAUAUAAAACAUGCUUUACCAGAUAAUGGCAAAGGUAGUAGAAUAAUAAUCACAACUCGAAGUGAAAGUGUUGCUCCCACUAACAAAGAAUCUCCAUCUUAUCAUAUGUAUAAGUUGUCACCUCUACCUUUAGAAAAAGCCUACGAACUUUUCUGUAAGAAAGUAUUCCAAUGUGAAUCAAGGGAUUGUCCUCUUGAAUUAGUUGAAUUGUCACAUCUUAUAAUUGAGAGAUGCGAAGGGUUGCCAUUAGCACUUGAGGUUAUAGGUGGUCUUUUGUCUACCAAGAAAAAGACUGCUUUUGAGUGGCGCAAAUUUCUCGAUAGCCUUAGUUCAGAGCUACAAAGUAAUCCUCAUCUUCUAAGUAUUACCAAAAUUCUAUCACUUAGCUAUUUUGAUCUACCUUACAACCUCAAAGCUUGUUUCUUAUACUUAGGCAUGUUUCCAGAGGAUUACUUCAUCAAUUCUGCAAGACUAAUUAGGCUUUGGAUUGCUGAGGGGUUUAUAAAAGAAAAACAAGGGAUAACAUUGGAAGAUGUUGCACAAGACUACUUGAAGUAG